AUGAACUGUUUAGAUGCGCAGAAGGUGCAGUUUGACACUCAUAUGCUUGAGAACGAAGCUGAGGAUUGGUGGCGCAACACUGUUCAGAGAUUUGAUGAGGAUGGAAUUGAAGUGACUUGGGCACUUUUCUGUGAUGCUUUUCUGGAGAAGUAUUUUCCAGAAGAUGUUCGUGAAAAGAAUGAAAUUGAAUUCCUUGAGUUGAAGCAAGGUAAUGGUAUCGUAGCUGAGUAUGCUAUAAAGUUUGAGGAGUUGAUCAAAUUUUGUCGCCAUUACAAUACUACUAAUGCUGAGAGAUCCAAGUGUCUUAAGUUUAUGAAUGGCUUGAGACCUGAUAUCAAGAAGGCAAUGGGUUACCAACAGAUUAUGAGAUUUUCUGAGUUGGUUAACAAGAGUAUGAUCUAUGAUGAUGAUAGUCGUGAGAGUGUUGCUCAUUACAAGUCCUUGCGUGAUAAGAAAGGAAAAGGGAAAUUUCAAGGGAAGUCGUAUGAUGGUAAGAAGAAAGUUGGCGAUGGAAAGAAGCCGAGUGGGGGAGGAUCUCACACUCCUGUCAAGUGCUUCAGAUGUAGUGUUGAGGAACAUCGUGCUCCCGAGUGUCCUAAGGGCGAUGUGACUUGUUUCAAGUGUGGCAAGCAAAGUUACAAAUCUUUUGAUUGCAGAGUUGGUUUGAAUGUGACUUGUUACAACUGUGGUGAGCAAGGGCACAUUAGUACCAAGUGCAACAAGUCGAGGAAGGAGCAAGCCAAAGGGAAAGUGUUUUCAUUGUCCGGUGUUGAUACUUCUGCUGAGGAGAGAUUGAUUCGAGGUACGUGCUUUAUUAAUAAUAUGCCUUUGAUUUCUAUUAUUGAUACUGGUGCGAUGCAUUCUUUUAUUUCUUUGGAUUGUGCUAAGAGAUUGAAUCUUGAAUUAUCUGUUAUGCAUGGAAGCAUGGUUAUUGAUACUCCGGCUAUGGGUUCAGUGACUACUUCAUCUGUUUGUUUGAAAUGUCUGUUGAAUAUUUGUGAUAAAGAUUUUGAAGUUGAUUUAGUGUGUCUUACAUUGAGUCAACUUGAUGUUAUUUUGGGAAUGGACUGGUUGAGGGCCAACCAUGUCUAUAUCAACUAUUUUGUGAAAUUUGUUCUUUUUCUUGAGCCAGAGAAGGAAGUGAUUAUGUUGGUGGCAAGUUUGAAGCCUAGUGAAAAUGGAACAAUGGGUGAAUUUCCAGUUGUUCGUGGUUUUCCUGAAGUGUUUCCUGAUGAGGUUAGCGAUUUGUCGCCUGAACGUGAAGUUGAGUUCACGAUUGAUUUGAUUCCUAGUACUAGUCCGAUAUCGAUGGCUCCGUAUCGGAUGCCACCAUCUGAGUUGAAAGACUUGAAGAGUCAACUAGAGGAUUUGCUUGAUAAGAGGUAUCAUCAGAUCCGUGUGAAAGCUGAAGAUAUUCAGAAUACUGCUUUUAGAAUAAGGUAUGGACACUAUGAGUAUUUGGUGAUGCCUUUCGGUGUGACGAAUGCACCUGAGGAUCAUGCUGAGCAUUUGAGGAUUGUUUUAUCUGUAUUGAAAGAGAAGCAGUUGUUUGCUAAACUUUUGAAGUGCGUGUUUUGGUUGAAGGAAGUGAGUUUCCUUGGCCAUGUGAUAUCUAGUGGUGGUAUUUUGGUUGAUCCUUCUAAGACUGAGGCUAUAUCUCAAUGGGAAGCGCCGAAAUCUGUGUUUGAGAUUCAUAGUUUUCUUGGUUUGGCAAGUUAUUAUCGAAAGUUUAUUGAAGGCUUUUCUAAGUUAUCUUUGUCGUUAACACAGUUGACUAGGAAAGGUCAAGCUUUCAUUUGGACUGCAAAUUGUGAAGCUAGUUUUCAAGAGUUGAAGAGGAGAUUGACUAUUGCGCCUGUUUUGAUUUUACUGAAUCCAUCAGAACCAUUUGUUGUGUAUUAUGAUGCUUCUUUGAUGGGUUUAUGA